UGAAUGUGAAUGUUGAUUGUGUAUUGCAAGGCGAGGGCAUGUUAUUCGUAUAGAUAGAGAGAGAGUGCCAUUAAAUUAAACAAAAAAAUAAUAAAAUAAAUAUUUAAGCUAGCAUUAAAUAGCAACUGCCAAAGUAACAAGUGAUAAAUAAAUUUAAAAAAAACAAAGACUAAAAAGCAUUAAAGGUUUUAAAGCUCAGAAGCAAAGAAAUUUGCGUGCCCUUACACCCACACGCCCUGCGAAUGGUUUUCCUUUUUGCGUUUGCGUUUUCCAGCAAUACGAGAGUGUGUGCGUGUGCUCGUACGUGUGUGUGCGCGUCUCAACUGACAUACUAAAUACCUAUUUUUAAACGCACAAAACAAAGGCAGUGGCCACAACCCCCAAAAAAAUAAAACACGAAAUCAAAGCAAAAAAAAACGGCGUAAUAAUAACACAUUGCGCAUAAAUAAAAAACACAUUGGAGUACAAAUAUAUUUUUAUAUAUAUUUUGUUUUCAAAGCUCCAACAUUCCGGCAGACGUUUAGCGUGGCCUUUUCCAGUUACUUGCCAUUCACUGACUUCCAAACUAACUAGUGCGCCCCCACCAACAUUAACUUGCGCGCUAUCUCUCUCCAUUGUGCGCGCUCUCUCGCUUGCUCUGACGCGUGUAGUAUUAACGACUCUUGGCUAAUCAGUUCAGUUUGCUUUGAUGCACGUCCCAACUUCGUUUCGUUGCGGGCAGGACGUGCUGCUGCUUCAGAGUUCACAGUUCAAGUGCUGAAGCCAGCAGCCAGCCAUCCAGCCAGCCGACUGUCGUCAUCGUCAUCAUCAUCAUCGUUAGCAUCAUCUCUUUGCAUCAGUUUUGAACAGCUGUGGCAGCAGCUUUGAGCCAACAUUCGAUUGUGGCUACUGUUGUUGUUGCUGCUGCAGCGUGUCGUCGUUAACGGUAUCAAAAUAUCUUCAUUCGAAGAAGACUAUCGGGCUGAUAGGCCCAUGGUGCAGCGCGCCUCCUCCUCAGAUGCUCCCUCCAUUCAGGGUGGCCAACAUCGAGAGUCUCGAUUUGGCCUCGGUUAUACAUCAUACCAAAGCGGAUACAAUAAGCUAUUCACACAGGGUUCUGCCGACUCGAACUACUCACAACCGUCAUCCGAUCUGUCGCUAGACGAGGAAAAGGAAUCGCUUCGGCGAGAAAAGGAACGUCAGGCCUUAAGCCAGUUGGAUAAAGCGAGGAGCAAACCAGUAGCGUUCGCAGUGCGAACGAACGUAGCAUACGAUGGUACCAUCGAUGACGAUUCACCCGUACAAGGAGGCGCUGUUUCAUUCGAGAUGCGGGAGUUUCUGCACAUCAAGGAGAAGUAUGACAAUAACUGGUGGAUCGGCAGGCUGGUUAAGGAAGGCUGUGAUGUGGGCUUCAUACCCAGCCCCGCUAAGCUAGAUAACAUUCGCAUGCAGAAUCAAACCAGACCGUCAAGACUGUAUGGCACAAAGGGCUCGUCGAGCGGCAAUUUGGGUGCGGGACAAGCAGGUGCGGAGCCAUCUCGAGGUAGCACACCCCCCACACCUGGUGACGAAUCAGAUUCCAUGGGACCAGGACGUCAUGGCAAACAACCAUUGGCCACACCGCCCAACAAGGAGAAGCGCAAGCCGUUCUUCAAGAAACAGGAAACCGCCAGCCCGUACGAUGUGGUGCCAUCGAUGCGUCCCGUUGUGUUAGUGGGUCCAAGCCUUAAGGGUUACGAGGUAACCGACAUGAUGCAGAAAGCGCUCUUCGACUAUGUGAAGCGACGCUUCGAGGGACGCAUCAUCAUCACACGCGUCAUGGCCGAUAUAUCUCUGGCGAAACGUUCCAUAAUGAACAAUCCAUCGAAGCGUGCGAUUAUGGAGCGCUCCAGCAGUCGGUCCGAUUGCCUGGGCAAGGUCCAAGAGGAGAUCGAGCGCAUCUUUGAGCUGGCACGUUCACUCCAGCUGGUCGUACUCGAUUGUGAUACAAUCAAUCAUCCGUCACAAUUAGCAAAAACUUCAUUAGCGCCAACAAUAGUUUACUUAAAGAUUAGUAGUAGUAAGGUUUUACAGCGUUUAAUCAAAUCACGUGGCAAAUCACAAGCUAAAAACCUCUCCGUACAAAUGGUUGCCGCUGAAAAAUUAGCCCAAUGUCCACCGGAAAUGUUCGAUGUAAUUUUAGAUGAGAACCAAUUGGAAGAUGCCUGCGAGCACAUAGCUGAAUAUUUGGAGACCUACUGGAAGGCCACGCAUCCAGAUAUACGCCCAGGCACAGUUCCAGCCAUUGCCAGACCGUUGCCCUCUCAGGAGGUUUCGGCAUCACCCUCCGCGGACCCAACCCGCAUGGGCCCAACACCACCAGUCGAUGGCGAGGAGUUUGAUGAGCACGAGCCGCGCAUGGCGAGUGUUGAGCGCGAAGGUAGUCGGGAUCGUGAGCGGGAGCGCGAGAGUAGAGAAAGAGAGCGCGAAAAUGAGCGCGACUAUUGGGAUAGAGAGUUCAAUCGCGAUCGCAGUUCGAAAGACAGAGAGAGAGAUUUGGAAUGGGAGCGCGAGCGAGCACGCGAAUGGGAAAGAGAGCGAGAAAGGGAUUGGGAUAGAGAGUUCGAUUGGGACCAAGGAGGAGGUGCCAGUUAUCAUCACAGUCGCCGCCAGACCUCGGGACGCCAUCACGAGCGCAGCGGCGGCGGCGGCGGAGGAGGCGGAGGCGUUCAUGCGGGCUACGAGCGUGAGCGUGAGCGUUAUGAGCGACAGGAGCGUGAGCGUUUGCACGCACGCGAGCGCGAUCUGAUGCACUACGAUUUAAACAGCGACGAGAUGCUGGACGAGCGCAACUUUGAGUAUCCGGCAAUGCGCAGCGGUCCGAGUGGCGCCUCGCAUCAUGGGCAUCUGUCGCGCGGCGGUCGCCUGCUGGACGACGUGGACUUUGAGCGCGAGGAUCGCUUGCUGGGCAGCAGCUCGCGCGGCGCAAGAUAUGGCGCGGGACCCUCGACGCGCAUCGAUGAUGCGCAUGCGCGGGAUGUGCCGCGUGGCGCGACCGUGGUCGAUCGCGAUGAAUACAGUCCGCACAGAGGUGGUGGGAGUAGUAGGAGAAUGCUGAAUGCCAUGUAGGAAUCGUGGAUAUAGGG